ACUCCUCGAAGUGAGAUUCCUCUGACCGACCGGGAUGAACAGGCAGUGAAACCAACUCAAUUUACUUUAUCACGCAUCCAGUCCCCUAAUCGUGAAGUUCUAUCACCAUCCUCACUGGAACCGCGGUCUCAUGGUCGACGACGACAGCGACAAUUGCAAAUGCAAUCAUCAAUACCAACAUCAACAUCACUUCCACGGGAAAAAAUGACUGAUCCAGGCGAAAGUUCUCGGCUCGGUACUUAUCCUGAACCGGUCAGCGGCCGAUUGAUGCCAGCACGUUUGACGGAGCGGUUUACUCAACCUGACAGAUCACUACGCUUGUCUGUCAUUCGUGAAACUCCUGAUGAUCUUCAAUUACAGCCGGCCUUGCCCUAUCGUCGUUUGACCUCGGCGAUCCCUGGGGAUACCGAUUCCUUGCCUAGUUCACUGGGACUUGGCGACCCGUUCGUCUCCUCGCUGGACCCGAUCGAUCAUGGUGAAUUCCGGGGUGUGACGGAAACAGAACGGAGAGCAAACCAACCAGUCAAACAAUCGUUUUUAGCGAAAUUUUUGCAGUGGAGAAAGACCACAUUCCCCAAGUUGAGUGAUAAACGCAACACCGAACCAAAGACAGUUAAUCGAACUGAACUUCGGACUCACCAUGCCUCCGUGCGUUCCAUGUCCAGUCGUCGGCACAUGUUGUCGGAACAAGAGGAUACCACAAAUCGAAAGUGCCAAUCAGGUAUGCCUCUGACGAAUCGUUUAGAUCCGGACACAACUCCGGAUCGCCGCGGGUGGAAACGCUGUUCAGUACUCGAACCAUGCACUGCACCUGCAGCUCAGUCUCUCACUCGUGCAAAAGAUUUUCUUCAUUACGUGUUCAAGUUGCUGCGUCAGACAGAAGACCAGGGAGUUGGAGUAGAACGCAUCAAGAGCACAUGCAACUCACACGGCAUAGAACGAUCCACAACUUCAUACUGA